AUGUCUCAUCCAUCAGGAAUUAUUGCAAGUAAAUCAUUGCGUGAAAAAUUUGCUGAAAUGAAAGAUGGACAUAUUCGUGUUUCUGUUGUUGUUAUUGAAAAUGAAAAACUUGUUUGUAAGGAAGAACAUAAUGCUGAACGAACAUUUAAUCAAGUUCAAAAUGAUCAUGCUGCUUAUUAUUUUAUUCGUCUUGAUACAAUUAGUGAAUUAAAUGGACAUAAUUGGUUAUUAUUAACUUAUAUACCAGAUGAAGCUAAAACACGUGAACGAAUGCUAUAUGCAUCAACAGUUGCUACAGUUAAACGAGAAUUUGGUUUAACAUAUAUUACUCAAGAAAUUCGAACAACAUCAAAAGAUGAAAUGACAAUUCAUUCACUUCAUCAAUAUUUACAUACACAAGCAGCACCACCACCACGAACAAUGCGCGAAGAAGAAAUGCUUGAAAUUCAUCAACGAGAAGCUAAUGCAGAUAUUAGUAUUAGUACUCGUCAUCCAACUUUACAAGGACUUAAAUUUCCAUUUGAUGAAAAUGUUAUUGAAGCAAUGCAUUUAUUUAAAAAACAUCAAGUUGAUUAUAUUCAAUUUGAUAUUGAUCAUGAAAAAGAACUUAUACUUUUAUCUCAUUCAGAAGCUCAUGCAACGCCAGAACAUAUUAGAAAACAUUUACCAGAUCAACAAGGAAGAUAUCAUCUUUAUAGAUUCAAACAUGAAUUUGAUCAUAAAAAAUUAGAUUCAAUACUCUUUCUCUAUUCUGUACCGGGACAUAGAUCACAAGUAAAACAACGUAUGGUUUAUGCUAGUUGUAAAGAAAGUGUUAUUGAUAAUAUUGAAAAAAAGUUUGGUAUUAUUUGUGAUAAAAAGUUGGAAAUAUCUGAUUCAACUGAUUUUACAAUGGAAUAUCUUAUAGAACAACUUCAUUCAGAUACCUCAGGAAAUACAACAACAACAUCAUCAUUUGCUAGACCAAAAGUACCAGCAUCACGUGGUCCACGUCGAUUAGUUAAAACAAAUGAUAACUCAGAUGAAUAA